AUGAGACUUGGAUGUGCUCUCUUCUCCUCUUCAGAUCAGUUUGUUCUGAUAGACAAAAGUGCCUACGACACAACCGGUACCGCCUACGACACCACCGGAACCACCUACGAUACCACAGGCUAUGGCACCACGGGCACCACGGGCACCACGGGCACCACGGGCUAUGGCACAACUGGCUACGACCUCACGGGCUAUGGCGGUACUACUGGCUAUGGCACAACGGGAUAUGGAACUACUGGAUAUGGUACAACUGGUUACGGCACGACGGGCUACGGCGACACCACAGGAACCACCUACGUCACCACCUAUGACACGGGCUACGGUGGUACUACCUACAGCCCCAGCACAGGAUCGUACGAUCAGCACCUUGACUACCGCACUGAUGGUGCUAACGGAACCACCUACGUCACCACCUAUGACACGGGCUACGGUGGUACUACCUACAGCCCCAGCACAGGAUCGUACGAUCAGCACCUUGACUACCGCACUGAUGGUGCUAACAGACACCACCGUGAGAGAGUGAGUCCUACGGGCACCUAUCGUCACCGCGACGUCGAUCGGAGGGAUGAUGGAACCACCCGUGUACAUCGGGAAUAUGAUAACCCCAACACGGGUACGAGCUACCACCGUGAUUAUGAGAGGUAG